GUUGGUAUCAUCGUAUAUAUAAUAAUAAAAUUUGCUUACAUCUAAAAAUAAUAGUAUAUUUUUACUUUUUGACCAUAUGCAUACCAAACUGUUAUAAUCAAAUGCAAUGUAAAUAAUUAUUUCUUUUGUUCUAUCAAUUAAUAUUUUGAAUGAAGAAAAAUGUCUCUUGUACCGUCUCGACAAGUACUUGUAAAUGUGUUACUUGUCAUUGGUGACUUAUUUGAAAAAGAAAACAUUAAGGUCUGCGCAAAAGAAUCUAUGAAAGGAGGUCUUAUAACAGGAAUUACAGCCAUGAUAGGAGGACUACUUGGCGGUAAAACUGGAUUAAUAGCUGGUGGAUUAUUAGGUACAGCAGCUGCAGCAAGUUUAGCACCAAAUUACAAAUCUUUAAUAGAUGUAAUACAGGAUUUAGAUUAUGAUGAACAAAAAAGAAUGGUAGACACUAUUCAAAAAGCUUUAGAUUCUAUUAAUAUACAAGACGUAGCAAAGUUUGCAAUCGCCUUGGCUACCAGUUCUUCAAUUAAACAAAUAGUUAUACGAGAAACAAUAAAUUUUGUUCAAAAUGAACUAUCACUAGCUAUUACUUCUGUAUAAAAUUUGUCUUUAGAUGUGUAUUUUAAAAUAAUUAUAAAUUUUAUAAAUCUUUAUUAUAAUAAUUGAUACAAUUUUAAAAAUAUUAAAUUUUAUUCAGACA